AUGGGCAACACAUGCCGUGGAUCUUUCAGGGGGAAAUAUUUUCAGGGCUACAGCCAGCCCGAAGACCAAUCUGCUUCCAUUUCCAAGCCCAACACCUCUUCUGACCAUUCGACUUCUGACCACUCCCCAUCCAGCUUGAAAUCUCAGCACAACGUUCCCCAAGAAUUCUCCAAAGUCAGCCCCAAAACCAAAAACAACCAUAACAAUAGUAAUCCACCCAUCAUUAGUCCCAGGAAAGACAACACCAUGAGGAGAUGCAUUGAUAACCAAAGCUAUUAUGUGUUGGGUCAUAAGACUGCCAACAUUCGUGAUCUUUACACGUUGGGUCAUAAGUUAGGACAGGGACAAUUUGGGACUACUUAUUUAUGCACCGAGAUUGCUACGGGCAAUCAGUAUGCAUGCAAGUCUAUCUCCAAGAGGAAGUUGAUCUCAAAGGAGGAUGUGGACGAUGUGAGGAGGGAGAUUCAGAUAAUGCACCAUUUGGCUGGUCACAAGAAUAUUGUGACAAUCAAGGGUGCCUACGAGGAUUCACUGUACGUUCAUAUAGUGAUGGAGCUUUGUGCUGGCGGUGAGUUGUUUGACCGCAUCAUCCAGAGGGGACAUUACAGUGAGAGGAGGGCAGCUGAGUUGACAAGGAUUAUUGUUGGGGUUGUUGAAGCUUGCCAUUCACUUGGUGUCAUGCAUAGAGAUCUAAAGCCUGAGAACUUCUUGUUAGUUAACAAGGACGAUGACUUCUCUCUCAAAGCCAUUGAUUUUGGACUCUCAGUUUUCUUCAAACCAGGUCAAGUUUUCACUGAUGUGGUUGGAAGCCCAUAUUAUGUUGCUCCGGAGGUACUCCUCAAGCAUUAUGGACCAGAAGCAGAUGUGUGGACUGCAGGCGUUAUUCUGUAUAUUUUGCUAAGUGGUGUGCCACCAUUUUGGGCAGAAACUCAGCAGGGGAUAUUUGAUGCGGUCUUGAAGGGAUAUAUUGACUUCGAGUCAGAGCCAUGGCCCUUAAUAUCUGACAGCGCAAAAGACCUGAUCCGGAAAAUGCUCUGUUCUCAGCCUUCAGAUCGCUUGACUGCUCAUGAAGUGCUAUGUCACCCUUGGAUUUGUGAAAAUGGGGUUGCUCCUGAUAGAGCACUAGAUCCAGCUGUACUUUCUCGUCUCAAACAGUUUUCUGCUAUGAACAAGUUAAAGAAGAUGGCUUUACGGGUAAUAGCUGAAAGCCUUUCUGAGGAGGAGAUUGCUGGGCUGAGAGAGAUGUUCAAGGCAAUGGAUACUGAUAAUAGUGGUGCUAUCACAUUUGAUGAACUCAAAGCUGGCUUGCGAAGAUACGGCUCUACCAUGAAGGAUACAGAGAUACGUGAUCUUAUGGAUGCAGCUGAUGUUGACAACAGUGGGACUAUUGAUUAUGGGGAAUUCAUAGCUGCUACAGUUCAUCUUAACAAACUAGAACGUGAAGAACAUUUGGUUGCAGCCUUUCGAUACUUUGAUAAGGAUGGAAGUGGUUAUAUUACAGUUGAUGAGCUCCAACAAGCUUGUGCAGAACAUCACAUGACUGACGUUCUUCUUGAAGAUAUUAUAAGAGAAGUUGAUCAAGAUAAUGAUGGAAGAAUUGACUACGGUGAGUUCGUUGCCAUGAUGCAAAAGGGCAAUGUGAAAGGCAAUAUGCCAAUUGGAAGACGGACUAUGAGGAACAGUCUAAAUUUGAGCAUGAGAGAUGCACCAGGAGCUCUUUAG